ACUUAAUAUGCUCUCUUUAAUACCAGAGUCACGCAAAAAUGUAAACAAAGAAUUCGUUCAGAAAAGACUUUUAAUAUUGCCGAUAGAUUGAUUAUAAAAACGAAAAAAAAAAUCAAUUAAAAGGAAAAUGUCUAAAGAAAGCGUUGCAUAUCCAAUUGUCAGCUUAGUGCAAAAAAUUAUUUUAUACAAAACGAAGGCUAGAUAUUAUCUGGUCGGAUGUAAUAACACAGAAAGUAAGUUUCGAGUGUUAAAAAUUGAUCGUACAGAGUCCAAAGAGCUGAAUGUUGUCGAUGAUAAGGUUGAAUACAGCAAGAGAGAAAUUAGAGAUCUUCUAAAUAUGAUAAAAUGUGGAAACAGAUCUAAACAAGGUCAGAAAUUUGUAUCUGAUUUGAAGGGGACUAUAUCAUCUUUUGGAAUUGUUGGUUUUAUUAGAUUUUUAGAAGGAUAUUAUUUAAUACUGAUUACAAAGCGAAAAAGAGUGGCUUACAUAGGACACCAUACAAUUUAUAAAAUUCAAGCCACGUGCAUGGUAUACAUACCAAAUGAUGGAGAGAAAAAUAUGCAUCCUCAUGAAGCAAAGUACGUUAAAUUAUUUCAAAGUAUGGAUUUGUCCAGUGACUUUUAUUUCAGCUAUAGCUAUGAUUUAACACACACUCUUCAGUACAACAUGGCCGUCUACAGAGAGCUUUCCAGUUUUAACUUAUCUCAGGAUGUUGACCAAUCUAAGAGUGUUCCUUUCUGGGAUCCCCAAUUGAAAACCAUUGAAGGAGCCUCUGAUGAAAUUGCUGAUAACUUUCUAGAGAGUUUGAGAGACACUGUUGAAAAUGAUUCUUCUCUAAAAUCGACAAUUAGUUCUGACUUUCAAUAUGAAAAUUCUUCUGAAAGUGAGAAUGCUGUUUGGUCUGAAUUGAGAUCAAAUGAAGAUCUUUCAAACAUCCCUAAAGAGUCUGGCCAGGUGACCUAUGGUGUAAAAGUAAAGCCUCACUGGAGAUUUGUAUGGAAUUCUCACUUGUUAGAAUUAGUAGACCUCCACCCUGAUUGGUUGCUUUAUAUUACUCAUGGUUUUGUUGGUCAAUCUAAUUUAAGCAUAUUUGGACGAUCAAUAUAUUUAACAUUAAUUGCCCGGCGGUCUCAAAAAUUUGCAGGCACAAGGUUUCUGAAAAGAGGUACAAAUGAUAAAGGAGAUGUAGCAAAUGAAGUUGAAACAGAGCAAAUUGUGUUUGAUUCCUCAGCUUCAUCAUUUACUCUUGGCCAUUUCACAUCUUUUGUGCAAAUGAGAGGCUCCAUUCCAUCUCAGUGGUCCCAAGAUAUCUCUAAAAUGGUGCCGAAACCACCAAUCACAUUGGAUAUUGCUGAUCCCUUUUGCUUUGUUGCUGGCCAACAUUUUAACAGUCUUUUGCAGCGAUAUGGAUCACCAACUGUUGUUUUAAAUUUAGUUAAAAAACGAGAACAGAAGAAACACGAAAGUAUCUUAAGUGAAGAAUUCAGUGGUGCAAUCAAUUACCUUAAUCAAUUCUUACCAACUCAGCAUCAAAUCAUGUACAUUGGAUUUGAUAUGGCCCAUAUAAACAAAUUGAAAGAAGCUAGUGUCAUGCCAAGACUAGCCCAAAUAGCUUAUCAAGUUUUAGGCAAGAUUGGUAUAUUUCACAACAGACCCGAAUUUUACUGUCAGUCUAUUCAUCAUCACAGCUGCAAGGGAUGCAGCCUGGGAGGUUUCAAAAGAGAAGAUAACUCCAGGCUGCAAACCGGUGUUGUCCGAGUCAACUGUGUCGACUGUCUCGAUCGCACAAACACAGCACAAUUUGCAUUUGGGAAGGCUGCUCUAGCAUUUCAGUUGUAUGUUCUAGGAGUUGUCGAAAAUCCAAAAUUGGAGUUUGAUACUGACAGUAUACGUAUGCUGGAGGAACUGUAUGAAGAUCAUGGAGAUACACUGGCUUUGCAAUAUGGUGGAUCUCAGUUAGUACACAGAGUGAAAACUUACAGAAAAAUAGCUCCUCUCUCUUCUCAUUCUCGCGACAUUCUACAAACUUUGUCAAGAUAUUACAGCAAUACGUUUUCAGAUGCUGAUAAACAAAAUGCCAUAAACUUAUUUCUGGGUGUUUAUAAGCCAAGUAGAGCAAUGACUCCCAUUUGGGAAUUAAUGACUGACUUCUACCUGCACAAUUCAUUAGCAGCUGGAGAAAGAAUUUGUCACAGAAAUUUGUAUACAUGUUGGUGGGAUGAAAAAGUUAUGGAUGUUCUUCCUUUUCCUAUUAUUGAAGACAAGAAAGAGUUAGAAAAUUCCUUGGCUGAAAUAAUCAAAACAUAUCCUGCUGAUCCAAGGACAGAUGGUUUUUUCGAUCAUUAUCGACCUUUUGAGAUGACAUCCAUCACAGAUUUGCUUGCCUACACCAUGAAUCAUUCAAUGAGAGACAUGAUGCCCAGUUUCUCAUCAGAUUUCAGCCCAUUUGCUGUGCGCGUGAGGCCUGGCAGGAAGCGUGAGAGUGUGGGAGAAACACCCCCAAACCCUUCAGUGACUGGAAUCUCCUCUACAGCUUCUGCGUCUAGCAGUACAAGUGGUACAGAUACGGGUGAUGACUCUGACAGUGAGGAUAACUUUGUUCAUUUGGAUAGUGAAGAUUCCAGCUAUUCACUCUCAUCUUCUCGAGGAGCAACAUUUGAAAACAUGUUUACAACAAUGAAGCAAGUUUAUGGAACAGAACUAAAAAAUCCUUCAGAAAAGAGCAUGAAGUUAUACAAAAGAUAUGCUGGCAUCGGGAAAUGUGCUGGUCUUUGUGAACAACAAAUCACCUCUGAUUCAAGAUCUCUAAGUAUAUCAUUCAAAUUAAAUCAGAAGAGUAGUUUCUCCAAUGAUUCCACUAGAUGUACUGCCUUACCUACAGUAACCAAAGAAUCCAUAGAUAUUUACUCUACGUAUGUUAACAAAGGCAUAAAUGGAGCACCUGAGCCAUCGAAAAAUUCGUUUGACAUUUAUUACUCUUAUUAUCUCAGCAAACAUCAAUAAAAAAUUAUUCCUACUCUUUUUAAGACUAUAAUAUUGACCUCGAAUCAAUGUACUACAAGUGAUGAACUUAUCAAGUUUUGAUGUCUAUGAAUUUUGAAAAACUAUUUUUAACAUUUAAUUGCACAUAUAAUUUCAUAAUAAGUAGCCAAUUUAAAUGAUUUAUUGAGCUAAUGGAAAUAAAAUUUUUAAUUAAAACAAAAGUAUUUAUGAUUUUUUGCCAACAUAUAUAUGUCAAUUAUCCAUUUGUAUAAUGUAUCCUAUACAUGUUGGAUCAUCGAAUGUUUUUUUUUUCUAUUCUAGUUCAUUGAUUGGCAAAAAUUAAGAUUAUUUAUAAUUGUGAUAAAUUGCAUAAUAUUGAAUUUUAUGCCUCUCUUUGACUAUAGACCAGGGAAAAGUCAUAAAAUUUAUCCAUUUGGAAAAAUCAAGGACAUGUCAAAGAAUUUAAUUAAAGUUCCUAAAAAUUGGUGAAAAUGAAUUAGUGUAAGAUUUUGAAGUGUUCAAAAAUCCUGAAUUUUUUCCAGAAAAUUCGGUCUUUUAAUAAUUUUAAAAAGUUUUCUUUUUAUUUUCAACUGUAAUGGCAAGUAUAAGUUUUUUCUAAUGUAUUUUAUGCAUAAGAAUAAAGCUUGUUUGAAAAAUUUAUAAUAAAAUUUGUGGCACCACUAACAAAAAUUGGAGAAAUUUAUUAAUAUCUGUGUGGAAAAAAAUGAGAGAAAAGUUAAAAUCCCCCCCUUGAGUCUUUGUGUUUACCUUGUUUAUACUUAUUUUUAAAAUAGCAACUAUUGUUACUAGUUUAUUCUGUAUCAACAUUUAUUCAUAAAAAUAGUCGCUCACUGCACAUAAUGUUUAAGGUUUUUAAUAUAUAUUAAAUAAGCCUCCUGAGCAUUUGUGAAUUUUGAUUUAAAGCUUUUUUUUUUAGAGAGGCCAGGGAUUUAUAAAUCCGUGAGAAACUAGUCUGUUAAAAAUUCUUAUUAUACCACUUGUUAAUUUAAAGUUAUAAAUUAUAUCACUAUUUCAGGUGAAAAGAUUGUCUUGUAAGGUAUAUUUUUAACAUUUAAUUAUGGAUUUAUUCAUUAUGAUAUAUAUUUAAGUUCAUCUGCUACUAACAUUAGGUUCAGUUGUGUAGAUGCCUGUUUCUAACUUCUAAACUGUAUACCCUUUAAAAAAGAAAUACAAAGGAAUUAAAAAAAAAAAAAAAAACACCUAUCUAAUUAAAAAUACUUGUUGGGAAGCUAUGUCUUGCUGAAAGUUUUUAUAGCUAAAAAAAUUAAUUAUUUUCUAAGUUUGUUUUAUUCAGUUUUUUUACUAUACAAAUUCCCUAUUUAUGAGCUAUUUAUAACUGUUAUAUUUUUUAUAAAUAUUUAGAAAAGAUAAUUGUAUAUAAAAUGUGAAUAUUGUAUUAUAUUGACUUCAUUUAUUUAUAAUAAAUAAAAUUAUUUUGUUACAAAA